UCAGCUGCAGCUGCGCGGGGGCUUGCAAUUUCUUCUUUUUCACAUGGGAUCCAUCUGACUGAAUCACAUCAGCUGCUGCUCCAAUUUGAAGAUCAAUUCAGUGUUUCAGUGCUUACAUUAAUCUUAGAUACUCGAUCGAUUAAUGGCUGCUGCUUCCUCUUCUUCUUCCUCUGUCCCUCGUUGGAAAUACGACGUGUUCAUCAAUUUCCGGGGGGAAGACACUCGUAGGGGCUUCGUCAGCCACCUCUACAAAGCUCUGAAUCAGAAAGCAAUCAACACCUUUAUCGAUGCCGAAGAGCUCCGAAAAGGCAACGACCUUUCGCAGCUACUGAUGGCCAUCCGAGACUCGAGCGUUUCGAUCGUAGUUUUUUCUCAAAACUACGCAUCUUCCACAUGGUGCUUGAAGGAGCUCGUCCAAAUACUGGAAUGUAUGGAUGUAAAGAACCAGAUGGUGGUGCCCGUUUUUUACCAAGUGGAUCCUUCUCAUGUCCGCAAAAUGAAGAGGCGUUUCGCGGAAGCUUUUGCCGAGCAUGAAAGCUAUCCUAAUGCCGCCACGAGGGUGCGGAGCUGGAGGUACGCUCUGAAAAGAGCGACCAAUUUAUCCGGUUGGGAUUCGCGAAAGUACGAGGAUGAUGCGAAGCUUAUUGACGAAAUUGUAGAAGAUAUUUUUAAUAAGUUGAUUCAGAUUUCAUCAAGUGAAGCCGAUGAUGGCUUGGUUGGAAUGGAUUCCCACAUUCAGGAAAUGGAUAUAAGAUUAAGUCCUCGGGUAAAGGAUGAUGUUCGCGUCGUUGGAAUAUGGGGUAUGGGUGGUUUAGGUAAAACAACCAUUGCUAGAGCUGUUUAUGAUAAAAUCGCUUGUCAAUUUGAAGCAGAUUGCGUUCUUAAAAAUGUCAAGGAAGGUUUCUCCAAGGAUGGGGCAGUGCAUAUGCAGGAAGUGCUUCUGUCUAGAAUCUUGAAGGAGAAAGUGCAGAGGUUAGGCACUUUGGAUCGAGGUUCGAACAUGAUAAUGGAAAGGCUAGGUAAGAAAAAGGUUCUUCUUGUUUUAGAUGAUGUGGACAAUUUGGCUCAAAUUGAAACCUUGCUGGGGAGAAAUUUCUUCUUACCACGGAAGAAACAUUCAUUUGGUGGUGGAAGCAGAAUCAUUAUAACAACUAGAGAUAAGCAUUUGCUGAGUAAAGUUGAUGAGACGUACGAGCCCAGGUUUUUAGGUGAUGAUGAAGCUCUUGAACUCUUCGGGCAGUUUGCCUUCAGAACACUCCAACCCACAGGAGAUUAUACUCGUCUCUCAAGGCAUGCCAUAGAAUAUGCUCGAGGUUUACCGUUAGCACUUAAAGUCUUGGGAGCUUUCCUUGAUAACAAAAGUGUAGAUGAGUGGGAAGAUGUGCUAGAGAAAAUAAAGGAAGCCCCGCAUAUAGGAAUUCAGGAUGUGCUUCGGACAAGCUUUGAUGGGCUAGAUGAUAAAGAGAAAGACAUUUUUCUCGAUAUUGUAUGUUUCUUUAAAGGAAUGAAAAAAUACUACGCAACAAAAGUUCUGGCUAGUAGUGGAUUCUUCCCCCAUAGUGGGUUAAGAGUUCUGGUUGAUAAAGCUCUUGUGACUCUCUCACAUCAUGGUACACUUGAGAUGCAUGAUUUGCUCGUUGACACAGGCAGGGAAAUCAUCCGCCAAGAAUCUAUUAAAGAACCUGGGAAACGCAGUAGGUUGUGGAAUUAUGAAGAUGUUGUGCGUGUGUUGACUCAAAAUACGGCUACGGAAGCAGUUGAAAGCAUAAUCUUGGACUUGUCAAACUCAUCGAAAGAGGUAUGCUUAAAAACUGAAGCUUUUGAGAGAAUGACGAGGCUAAGACUGCUGAAGAUCCAUUAUAAUCACUCCUUACACUCUGAUGCUGAAGACCUUUCAUAUAAGGAUGCAUUCCAUCCAACUGAUUAUUGUAAACAACACCUGAGUGGGGACUUGUCAAAGUUUUUUUCUAAUGAGUUGAGGUGUCUCCUCUGGCAUGGAUUUCCCCAAAAAUCUUUGCCAUCCAAUUUUCUACCAAAAAAUCUUAUUGACCUUAACAUGCGUUAUAGUCACAUGGAGAAACUUUGGGACGGAACCAAGUCUCUGAAAAAGUUGAACUUCAUCGAUUUAAGUCACUCUCAAUAUCUUACCAAAACCCCCAACUUCACUGAGGCAACAAAUAUUGUGAAACUAAUUCUUGAAGGUUGUACAAGGUUACUUGAGGUUCACCCAUCCAUUUUAACUCUUAAAAACCUGGUUUUUUUAAAUCUAAAAGGGUGCAAGGAACUGAAGAGUUUCCCAAGCAUCGUUCCUAUGAAAUCUCUUGGAACUCUCAAUCUUUCUGGCUGCUCGAGUUUUGACAAGUUUCCAGAGAUUUCACAAAUUAUGGAGAGCUUGUCGGUGCUUCAUUUAGCUGAGACUGCAAUUAAAGAAUUGCCCUCUUCAAUUAAAAAUCUUACAGGGCUUGCUUAUAUGAACCUAAAAGGUUGUGGAGAACUUGAGAGUCUUCCAAGCAGCAUUUGUCAACUCAAGUCCCUUAGCUAUGUUGCUCUUUCUGAUUGUUCAAAGCUCAAGGUGUUUCCAGAUCUUGAAGAAAAUAUGGAAGGAAUGAGAGAGCUUCAUUUGGAUGGAACAUCUAUCGAAGAGCUUUCCCCAUCAAUUAACCGGUUUAUGAGGCUUGCAAUAUUGAAUCUGAGAAACUGCAAAAGCCUUUUCUGUCUUCCGGACAAUGUCUGUAAGUUGGCAUGUCUUACAGGUCUCACUCUCUCUGGGUGCUCCAAACUUUCUAACUUGCCCGAUAACUUGGGUAAUUUAGAAUCCUUGUGGGACCUUCAAAUAGAAGGAAGUGGUAUAAAGCAAUUCCCAUUCUCCAUUUUACGCUUGAAUAAGCUUUUAUCGUUAUCAUGUGAUGGAUGUAAAGAACUUAGGGCUCCCUUUUCAUCAUGGCCAUCAAUUAGAGUUCAUAGAACGUCAGCACUUAGAUAUCAUGGUUACUCUACUCUGGAAAGUCUUGAUUUAAGUGACUGCAAUCUGUUGGAAAUAUCAGAUUGUAUUGCUUAUUUGACUUCAGUGAAAAGAUUAAGUCUUUGCAGAAAUGACAUUGAGACUUUACCGGGAACGAUGGUUGACCUGGGUGGAUUAAUGUCUCUUGAGCUGGAUUCUUGCAAGAGACUGAAAUCAAUACCAAUGCUUUCAUCAAGUAUAAGUUACAUAGAUGCCCAUGAUUGCACAGCUUUGGAAUAUGUUUCAUCACCGAUGCCUAAUUGGGGGAAUCUCUAUUACUUCAUAUUUUCUAAUUGCUCCCACCUGGAACGAAAUCCAUUAAUGCAUAUUAUGCAGUGUCAUUUGAGUUUGGGUAUCCUACCUCAUUCUUUUUAUACGUGUCUCCCUGGAAGUGAAGUUCCAGAUUGGUUCAGCUAUCGCUGUAGGGGGAGUUCAGUAAAUGUGCAGCUAUCGCUGAAUUUGUACGAUGAUAAAUUUUCGGGAUUCGCUAUAUGUGCUGUUUGCAACUUGCAGGGUGCUCACUCUGUAUCUGAUCUAUCAGCUUUAUGUUUCUGUAACUUCAAAGGAAAUCAUGGGCAGCACAGUCUCAGUUUCUAUUUGUUCAAAGCAGGUUUAAGAGCCGACAGAUUCUCUUACCGAAAAAAAGGAACUGACAGAUUCCUGGACUCAGAUCACAUGUUCCUGGGAUAUGUUCCAUGGUCUGAUUAUCGCUUGAUUGAAGGAGAGCGGGCCCGUGAACGCUUUUACACUGAGGCCACAUUUACAAUUAUAUUAGAAGAUGGAAUCUAUACAGGUGAUUUUGGGACAGAAUUACGACGCCGUGCCAUCUCAAGUUGUGGAGUUCGCUUCUUUGAUGCUAAUUAAGAGGAAGUGCAAAGUCUAAGCCCACUGAUCACCCAGUCCAUAUCUUUACUCCUGUUGGAUUUAUUCAAUGUGAAUCAACCUUUAAGUGGUUCAGCAAUCAGAGUAUGCGAUCUUCCGUAACUGCGAAGCUAUCACCGAAUUGGUUCAGUCAUGAGAUUUCGGGAUUUGCUGACUGCGCUGUUAGUAACUUUGACGGUAUCAACUCCUAAAUGUUUACGUACCCUAGAAGGAAACGAUGGUCAGUACGGCUUCAUGUUCAAUUUGGUUUGCUGGAAUAGCAAAAAUGACAGGUUACUCAAGUACAUAUGUUCCUGGGGUAUAUGCCAUGGUCCAAGAAGUGAACUGGACGAUGAGGCCACAUUUGAAAUUGUUGUUGAAAGUCGAGUGUUUACAAGUGAUUUCAGAGCACCAGCACCGAACACCCUGCAUCAGAAGGUGCGGCGUCGGUUCUUUCACGGUGACGAAUUGAUGAUCAUGAUGAAGCAGCCUCCUCUGCUUCAUGACAUGAUCUUCUAGCUAGCUAGCUACUGUGCUAAUUGGGUCAUUUUUAAAUUUUAUUCAACAAAAAAAUAUAUAUUUAUUUUGUCAUUAAAAAAAAUCAA